AACGAACACCCCAGUACUCGUCGCUAAUCAGCUAUGCCCCGCGAACCACCCUCAUCGUCUUCGCGCGCCCACCGCCGUGCCUGUUCUGCACCGCCCUCGAGACCGACCGCCUCCGAUCGUGCCGGGCUGCGCGCCGCCGUCUCAGCCGCGGACGCCGCCCGUGUCGGCCCCGGCGGACCUGCCCCCGCGCCGCAGCGGCCAGCCCGCUCGCCUCCGCCGAAUGCGCAGCCACACAACGGACCCCGGCGCGUACCCCCCGACUUCCUCCUUGGACAAAUCUCAUCGGCCAUCAUUGACAUGCAGCCAUUCCUUACCGGCAUACCUGGCGCAACCCCGGAUCAGAACGACCGAGUGCUCCGGCGGCACACUGCCGUGGACCACCAGGGGCCUCUUCACUACGUCCACAAGCUGCUGUUUAUGGUGGACGGACCGCCGCUUCAUUGGCACAUGUGUGCGGUUUCGGCGACGCCGGAUGAGGAGGUCUUGUUGCGGGGAUGGAUCAACUUCUUGUGCAUCGAGAACUGGCGGCGGUGGAACUCUUGAGUUUGUUCGGCUUUGUGUACCCAGAAAUGAUG